GUUUUCUGUCUUCGACUUCAACCACCUUUCCCUUCCAAAAAGCCUGCGGCACCAUGAAGCGCGGUGCGGAGAGGCAAGCAACGAGGGAUGAUGCGGACAAUGACGGAGAUGACAAUGAACCGGGACAGGGUCUGAAGAAAGCGGACGAGGCUACGCUUGCGGGACGAAAAAUACGUGGUCUCCCCAAGCGUUCGCGGUCGAGCACCCCCGCAGCUACAACUGACGCGCCCUCAUCCGCGCCAAAGUUCGCAGGAUUCAGCGGUUUCGGUGGAUUUGGCUCGGGCCCCUCGAAUAGCUCAAGCACAACGACCAGCCCCGCCAGCAGCUUCUCAUUCGGCGCGCCCUCGGUGUCCAGUUCUGCUUCCAAUGCCACCAAGACAUUCGCGGGCUUAUUGGGGGCCACAUCUGCGCCUGCUCCUCCGAAGCCAGCUGCACCCCCUGCAGCAGCCCCCACACCGACUCCUACGACCAGCUCGAAGCCGUCAGCAGCGCUGACAUACUACACGGCACUGCGCGGCCUGAACGUCUCGUUCGUGUCCGCGAUCACGCACGCGGUCGAGGAAGACCCCUUCGCGGAUAUUGCGGCGCUCGCAGAGCACUACAAAACGCUGCGUAUCUCGGUGCAGAAGCAAUAUGACGCCGGCAAAGAGAAGGAGAACACCCCCGCAGCUGCACCUGCGAAGGCAGAACCGCCGAAAGUCAGCAUGCCUGCGCCUCCGGCAGCCUUCGCGGGAUUCCCCAAGCCUGCGGCGUCUUCGACACCGUCUGCAAGCUCUGGUGGUGGUGGCUUCACAUUCAAGCCCACAGAGACUGCCAGCAGCAAACCGUCGCCGUUCAGCUUCCCCGUUCCUCCACCCGUCACUGCCGCCUCAAACCUGCCAUUCUCUCUGACCAAGCCAGACGCGCCCACACCAGCAUCUGAGGAGCCUCCCAAGCUGUCCUCUGGCUUCUCAUUUAGCAAGCCUGCUGAGCCCAGCAAGUCUGCGGAAACCAGCAAUGGCUCGGCCUUUGCCUCAGAUGCAGGCAAGAAAGAUGCUCCGGCAAACCCAUUCUCGUUCGCGAAGGCGGACACAGCGAAGGACAACAAGGAUGCAGCACCACCGUCCUUCUCCUUCGCCAAGACGGACAGUGGGAGCUCUGGAUUCUCCUUCGGCUCGGGCUCCAAGCCCUCUUUCAGCUUCGGGAGUGCCCCCGACCGCGCCGCGUCGACGAGCAGCCUGUUCGGCGCGUCCCCGACACCCACUCCCCCACCCGCCACACCACCUGCCAAGCCGUCCGCCUUCGGUGCGUUCGGCUUCAAGCCCCCGAGUGCUGGCUCUCUGGGCAACCCAGUUGGCUUCGGCUUCGGGAGCCCCCCGCGGACGCCAGGCGAGGGCGAGGCAGAUAAGAAAGAGAGCGAGACGAAGCCGGCGUCUGGAUUCUCUUUCGGCGGUGGCUCUGCGUCUGGCUCGGGGUUCUCCUUUGGCUCGGGGUCCUCGUUUGGCUCAGGUUCUGCCUUCGGGUCCAAGCCCUCUGAGAAGAAGGAGGACGAAGAGGCAGAGAAGCCAGUCGAGGGUGGCGAGAAGUCGGCAGACGGCGAUGCCAACAACUUUGGGUUGCUCAGCACGAACCCGCACGACGAGGAGGGGAUCGGCGAGGAAGAAGAGGUGACGACGCACGUCAUGCGCGCAGCGGCGUUCAAGCUCGACGAUGGGAAGUGGACGAAGUUGGGGUCGGGCAUGGUGCGCUUGAAGAAGCACAAGACGAGCGAGGUCAGGCGGAUGUUGAUGCGGAACAGCAGCACCGGAAAGAUCAACAUUAACUUCAAGCUCUACGGCGGCCUCAACCCGAAGGUGAACAACAAGCUCGCUGUCUCGUUCGUCGGGCACGACCAGGGUGACUCAAAGACGUACAACCUCAAGUUCAAGUCGGAGGGCGAGGCGCAGGAGAUGCUGGCCGCGCUGAACCGGGAGAUCGAGUUCGUGAAGGCGAAACAGGAGGGUGCUUGAAGACGCAGGAGGAGGGUAUGAGCGAGUUAUGGGCGCCCAUCUUGGUAUCCGACUACUGACAUGCGCUAUGGACUGACGAGUAUAAUGACAUGCUGCUAUGUAUGCAUUGGCAAACGCAGGAUUCCGACACGAUGCGUACAGUUCUGACCGAGGUGCGUACCUCACGUCGCUACAAGUGCUGACUGUCGAAGGAUGGGGGGCAGACAGGUGCACUGUCGGCGCCUUACCGCUGUCUUGCUUCAGUACCUUUCGCUCGCAUAUAACGCGUACAUCCAACUUGAUCUUUGACAUACCAACACUGCCGAGCAUGAGGUCAUAUACCC